UGAACCACGACUGGGCAAACGUUUGCGGUUUGGAGCGGAAAUUGCCUUCCGGUGCGAUGGAAGUGUGCUGCUUGAAAAUGGCGUCCAGAUGCAGGCCGACGCGCCCCAUCAAGGACAUCACACAGCUUUCCUCGGCCGGUUCCUCACACGAUUGUGGCGCUCUAUCGCGCGUUGUGAUGGUCAGGAAAACGGAUCAGCGCGUCAUCAAUCACAAGGGCAGCCAGAAGGACCCACUGUGUGAGGUGAUCACGAUGGAAACGAUACAGACGUACAAGGGCCACAAACCGGACCGGACGGUCGUGUUCCGGGAGAAGUUCGAUCUCACCGGCAACGACAUGUCGCGGUCCCUUUCCACUGGUAAGCUUUCCGUCGGUUCACCACGGCUCUCGAUUUCACCGCUACGGACAAUCCUGACGACGAGUGCGGAGCUGGAGAAAAGCCGGGCCGCUGCGGCAAGUGACCGAAAUAAUAACAACAAUCUACCGGUGGACACGAAGCGAACCAGCCCAUCCGUUGGGUCGUUGCGUCCCAAAUCCCUUGACCGGGGAAGUCUCAGCAACAGCAACAACAACAACACCGCGAGUGCGAGUCCUUUGCUGCUGCGUCACACGAAGAGUCCUUCGAAGAGCCCAUCCGUGGGUAGCUUGCGUCCGGGUGGAGGAUCUCAGUCGUCCUUGCGUCCGGGUGGAGGAACACCGUCGUUGUACACCGAGUUCGAGCGGGAUUGUUUGAAGGCUCACAACGAGUUCCGAACGCGGCAUGGUGUGUUGGCGUUGAAGUUGAGUAAACGCUUGUGUCGGUACGCGGAAGAAUGGGCCAAAGUGAUCGCGGCCAGGGGUGUGUUGGUCCAUCGCAGCAACUCGGCGUAUGGGGAAAACAUUUUCUGCUCGUGGAGCAGCUCGUCGAGUGGUGCCGGACCGGGGGCGGGUGUGAGCGUUUGUGGCCGCGAACCGGUGGAAAACUGGUACAGCGAGAUCGAUCUGCACGUGUUCGGGAAGGAACCGGCCACGUUGAAGACGGGCCACUUCACGCAGGUGGUGUGGAAGGAUUGCCGCGAGCUGGGUGUUGGGAUGGCCCGGAAUCGGUCCGGACAGGUGUUUGUGGUGGCAAACUAUGACCCACCGGGGAACUAUAUUGGGAGUUUUGCAAAAAAUGUCCCCCCGGUCGGUGGGUUCGAAGUUCCGAAGAUUAUCAUCGAUAGACCGUCCGCUUUGAAGCAAUCCGGUGUGGUGGAGGAUGGCACAAAGACAACCGUUUCGUCGUUAAGGCGACCCGGAACCGAGGGUGGUAAACCCGAAAAGCACGUGCGCAUUGUGGACGAGAACGAUCCGAAUCAGUUUGAUGAUUUUUCCGUUGCCAUGCUGAAGCACCACAACGAGUACCGCAAACGGCACGGUGCGGCAGAUCUGGUACUCCACAAGGAACUCGUCCGGGAUGCGCAGCAGUGGGCAGAAAUACUGGCACGCGACGAUCGGUUCACGUACCGGCAGAACUCGAAGUACGGCGAGAAUCUCUACUGUCUGUGGUCGUCCGAUCGGAACGCACGCCCAAAUGCCCGGGACGUGUGCCGGUCCUGGUACGAGGAGGUAAAACAGUACGCAUUCACGGUGGAACCACGCGCCGCCAUCAAGGGCGGUCAGUUCACGCAGAUGGUGUGGAAGGGCACCAAGGAGCUGGGCGUUGGAAUGGGGCAAACGCGCAGUGGCAAGGUGAUUGUGGUGUGCACGUACUACCCGCGGGGUAACGUGCUCGGUCAGUUCUUGGCCAACGUGAGCCGCAUCCGCUAGGGAGGGAGCUUUACAUGGAACAGUACCUUUCACGCGAUUCGCGAUAAUCAGGAGAAUCUACCCUUAAUCAGGAGGAGCCUUAAUCCGAGUAGGGAACUUACACACGUACACAUGUUGGCGUCCCCGGGGCGUCCUUUGCCCGUUCUGUCGGUGUGCAAACGGACCCAUUCGAUAGGCACACAUAUAUUUAGCACGUAUUUUGAGAGCCGUUGUUGAGCGAGAAGGCGAGAGGAAAAAUUGUCUAUUUUUCUGCAAAUCACCGUUUAUACGUACCGCAACUAUGCAAUCACAAUAUAUAUAUGCUGCAUUCGUCCAAUGCCAUGUCCAUUGGCGGCUUUUCUGCUAGCUUACCAGAGAAGAAAGGGAGGGAGAGAGAGAGAGUAAAUGCAUUAUUCGCAAAAUAUAUUCUAAGUGUGCACAAAUUGCAGGCAACACGAUCGCACGGUCAUCGAACGUGGAGCAAUCUCGAGGCCGGCUGCGAGGCGCGCGCUUACAUAAAUAACAAUCAAAAAAACGUUACCAGUUUUCCACGCAGCACACCUAUGCACAUGCAAUUUCAAUCACAAAAGGCCGCCCCCGUCCACCCCGAGGCAUGGUGAGGGCUUAGGGGAGAGAAAGCACAAGGAGUCACGCGCGCAAGAGUGAUAUUUAUUCGAAUUUUACUACUCCGUUCGCUUUGUCCCGGCAGCGGAACCGUUACCGUGCAAUAAGUAUACCUGUAGCGUUUGUAUAUUUGUCAAAGAUUCAUUAAAUAAACACCAACAAAUUCACUU